AUGCCUGCCAACCAAGAGCCUGUUCACGUCAUGCCUGCAAACCAAGAGCCUGCUCACGUCAUGCCUGCAAACCAAGAGCCUGCUCACGUCAUGCCUGCCAAACAAGAGCCUGCCCACGUCAUGCUUGCCAACCAAGAGCCUGCCCAGUCAUGCUUGCCAAUCAAGUGGAAAAAUGUAAGUGGAAAAAGGUGCCUGCCAAGCCAGAGCCUGCUCAAAACAGAGCAUGCUCAUGUCAUGCCUGCCAACCAAGAGCCUGUUCACGUCAUGCCUGCAAACCAAGAGCCUGCUCACGUCAUGCCUGCCAACCACAAGCCUGCUCACGUCAUGCCUGUCAACCACGAGCCUGCUCACGUCAUGCCUGCCAACCAAGAGCCUGCCCACGUCAUGCUUGCCAACCAAGAGCCUGCCCGCGCCAUGCUUGCCAAUCAAGUGGAAAAAGAGCCUGUUCACUUCAUGCCUGCCAACCAAGAGCCUGUUCACGUCAUGCCUGCCAACCAAGAGCCUGCUCACCUCAUGCCUGCAAACCAAGAGCCUGCUCACGUCAUGCCUGCCAACCACAAGCCUGUUCACUUCAUGCCUGCCAACCAAGAGCCUGUUCAUGUCAUGCCUGCCAACCAAGAGCCUGCUCACCUCAUGCCUGCAAACCAAGAGCCUGCUCACGUCAUGCCUGCCAACCACAAGCCUGCUCAUGUCAUGCCUGUCAACCACGAGCCUGCUCACAUCAUGCCUGCCAACCAAGAGCCUGCCCAUGUCAUGCUUGCCAAUCAAGAGCCUGCUCACCUCAUGCCUGCCAACCAAGAGCCUGCCCACGUCAUGCUUGCCAACCAAGAGCCUGCCCACGCCAUGCUUGCCAAUCAAGUGGAAAAAGAGCCUGUUCACUUCAUGCCUGCCAACGAAGAGCCUGUUCACGUCAUGCCUGCCAACCAAGAGCCUGCUCACCUCAUGCCUGCAAACCAAGAGCCUGCUCACGUCAUGCCUGCCAACCACAAGCCUGUUCACUUCAUGCCUGCAAACCAAGAGCCUGUUCAUGUCAUGCCUGCCAACCAAGAGCCUGCUCACCUCAUGCCUGCAAACCAAGAGCCUGCUCACGUCAUGCCUGCCAACCACAAGCCUGUUCACGUCAUGCCUGCCAACCAAGAGCCUGUUCAUGUCAUGCCUGCCAACCAAGAGCCAGCUCACCUCAUGCCUGCAAACCAAGAGCCUGCUCACGUCAUGCCUGCCAACCACAAGCCUGCUCACGUCAUGCCUGCCAACCAAGUGCCUGUUCACCUCAUGCCUGCAAACUAA